GGAUGCUGCCGGACGCUGUCGCGCUGCUGCUGCUGCUGCUGCUGGCCGGCCUCCGCUCGGCGGCGGGAGGAGGAGCGGCGGGAUACGCGCAGGUGAAAUACCUGCAGCCCAUGGUGAAAGGCCCCCUGGGCCCCCCCUUCCGGGAAGGCAAAGGGCAGUACCUAGACAUGCCGCCCAUGCUGCCAAUGGACCUCAAAGGGGAGCCCGGACCGCCAGGGAAGCCAGGCCCACGCGGGCCCCCCGGCCCCCCCGGCUACCCAGGAAAGCCGGGCAUGGGGAAACCAGGAAUGCACGGCCAGCCCGGGCCCGCCGGGCCCCCCGGCUUCUCGGGGAUUGGGAAACCAGGCAUCCCGGGACUCCCAGGAAAAGCGGGUAUGAAAGGGAUGCCCGGAGCCAAAGGCGAACCCGGCAUGAGAGGAGAGCAAGGGCCCCGGGGACUGCCAGGCCCGCCGGGACUGCCGGGGCCAGCCGGCAUCUCGGUCAACGGGAAACCGGGCCCCCAGGGCGGUCCCGGCCUGCCGGGCUUCCGGGGCGAGCCGGGCCCGAAGGGAGAGCCCGGUCCCCGCGGAGAGCGAGGCCUGAAGGGUGAAAACGGAGUGGGGAAGCCGGGCCUGCCGGGGCCGCGGGGCAACGGGGGCCCUCCCGGCCCCGCGGGGCCCCCAGGGCCCGCCGGCGUCGGGAAGCCCGGCCUCGACGGCCUGCCGGGCGCUCCGGGGGAGAAGGGCGACAUGGGCCCGCCGGGCGGGCCCGGGCUCAACGGGGAGCCGGGCCCCAUGGGGCCCCGGGGCCCCCCCGGCGUCGACGGGAUCGGCGUUCCCGGCGCAGCGGGGGUGCCGGGGAUGCAGGGCCCCGUGGGGCCCAAGGGAGAACCCGGGAUCCGCGGGCUCCCCGGCUUGCCCGGGCCGACGGGCUACGGGAAGCCGGGCUUGCCCGGCCUGAAAGGGGACCGCGGGCAGCCUGGGGCGCCCGGCGCCAUCGGCGACAAGGGGGAACCCGGCGUCGACGGGGAGCCGGGGGAGCCGGGCCCCGCGGGCGUCAUCGGGGCGCCGGGCCCGCCGGGCUCCAUGGGCCUGCCGGGCAAACACGGGCUGCCGGGCUCCAAAGGCGACGCGGGGCCGAGCGGGCCCCCGGGAAUGCCGGGCAUGCGCGGCGACCAGGGCCCCAACGGCUUCGCGGGGAAGCCAGGGGUGCCAGGAGAAAGGGGCCUGCCCGGGUCGCAGGGACCCCCCGGCCCAGCGGGCCCGAAAGGAGAGCCGGGUUUCAUCGGCCUUCCAGGGGUGCCGGGAUUAACGGGCGGCCCUGGGCCGAAAGGGGACGGUGGGAUCCCGGGGCAGCCCGGCCUGAGGGGCCCCUCGGGUAUCCCCGGCUUGCAGGGACCUGCUGGCCCCAUGGGGCCGCAGGGGCUCCCGGGGCUGAAAGGGGAGCCCGGCCUGCCCGGCGCUCCCGGCGAGGGCAAGACCGGCGAGCCUGGCGUGGCCGGACCCAUCGGCCCGCCGGGAAUGCCGGGAACGCCGGGGCUGAACGGGCCGCCGGGUCCCCCGGGGCCGCCGGGGCCGCCGGGGGCGCCCGGGGUGUUCGACGAGACGGGCAUCGCGGGGCUGCACUUGCCGGACGGAGGCGUGGAGGGGGCCGUGCUGGGGAACGGCAAGCCCGGGAAGCCGCAGUACGGCCGAGGAGAGCUCUCCGCCCGGAUAGCGCCCGCCUUCACCGCCAUCCUCACCUCUCCCUUCCCGGCGUCCGGCAUGCCGGUCAAGUUUGACCGGACUUUGUAUAACGGGCACAACGGCUACAGCCCCGUCACCGGGAUAUUCACCUGUCCCAUAUCCGGCAUCUAUUACUUUGCCUACCACGUGCAUGUCAAAGGGACUAACGUCUGGGUGGCGCUUUAUAAGAACAACGUGCCCGCCACCUACACUUACGACGAGUACAAAAAAGGCUACCUGGACCAAGCCUCAGGCAGCGCCGUGCUCGAACUCAAGGAGAAUGACCAAGUCUGGGUACAAAUGCCCUCGGACCAAGCCAACGGGCUGUACUCCACAGAAUACAUCCACUCCUCCUUCUCUGGGUUCCUGCUUUGCCCCACAUAACGGCUGUUGGGCACGUUUCCUUUUUACCCACUCUAGCCAUAAACUGUCUUUUUUUGAUAAAAAAAAAUUAAAAUUAAUACAGAAAGAACAAUCACUGGGAAGAAGGUGCAAGCCGUUGUCGCGGGACCUUGCUUCGUGCUGUUUGAUCCAUGAGUCAAGAGGGUAAUCAGAAAGGAGACAUUUUUCUUUCUUUCUUUCU